AUGUACAGGGUAGCAAAGGCAUCUGAGUAUCUGGUGAUCACUGGAUCCGGGAUCGAUGACAUCAAAAUCGCUAAGAAAGGAUGGGUUUUCCCGGGCCAAACUUCCUCAGUUUUCGACAUUUCUCCCGUGAACUACACCUUUGAAGUCCAGGCAAUGAGUGCUGAGAAACUUCCCUUCAAGCUCCCUGCCGUGUUCACCAUUGGCCCACGCAUUGAGGAUGAAGAGAGUCUCCACAAAUACGCCAAGCUAAUCUCGUCUUUCAAAAAGGAUGGCAAACAGUUACACGAGCUUGUUAAUGGGAUCAUCGAAGGGGAGACUCGCGUCCUGGCUGCUUCCAUGACAAUGGAACAAAUCUUCAAAGGGACCAAGGAGUUUAAGCAGGAAGUGUUUGGGAAAGUGCAGUUGGAGUUGGAUCAGUUCGGGUUGUUGAUUUAUAAUGCAAAUGUUAAACAGUUGGUUGAUGUUCCUGGACACGAGUAUUUUUCGUACUUAGGACAAAAGACGCAAAUGGAAGCAGCUAAUCAGGCUAAGAUUGACGUUUCUGAAGCCAAGAUGAAGGGUGAGAUUGGAUCAAAGCUUCGAAUGGGACAAACACAACAGAAUGCAGCAAAGAUUGAUGCAGAAACGAAGAUCAUAGCGACGCAGAGGCAAGGGGAGGGGAAGAAGGAAGAGAUUCGAGUGAUGACUGAGGUGAAGGUGUUUGAGAAUGAGAGGGAGGCUGAAGUGGCUGAAGCAAAUGCUGAGCUGGCAAUGAAAAAGGCAAAGUGGGCUAAGAAUUCACAGGUGGCAGAGGUGGAGGCCAGGAAGGCGGUGGCGCUCAGGGAGGCGGAACUGCAGAAGGAGGUUGAAAUCAUGAAUGCUUUGACUCAGACAGAGAAGCUCAAGGCCGACUUCCUGAGCAAAGCUAGUGUUGAAUACGAAACCAAGGUACAAGAGGCGAAUUCGGAGCUGUACAAGAAGCAAAAGGAUGCAGAGGCAAUUCUCUAUCAGAAAGAAAAAGAAGCGGAGGCACAAAAGGCUAUUGCCGAGGCCGAAUUUUAUGCCCGUCAACGAGUAGCAGAUGGUGAACUAUAUGCAAAACAAAAGGAGGCAGAGGGUCUUAUUGCUCUUGCUCAAGCCCAAGGUACUUACAUAAGCACCCUUUUGGGUGCGUUGGGAGGAAACUAUGCAGCUUUAAGGGAUUAUCUGGCUUCAUAUUUGAAACCAGCUGAUUACUGA